AUGUCUUCCAAGAUCGACGAGCUUCUGCAUCGUAUGACUCAAUUGGAAACAACAUAUACACCGCCGCAAGCACCGUCACCAGUUGCUGGUACGACGACCACAAACCCUACUUACCGUAUGAAGCUCGAAGUUCCGCAUUUUGAUGGCUUGAUCCAGAGGGAUGGAUAUUCAAAUUCAUGCAGACUGAAUCCAGCGAUUCGGCGGGAGGUGCAAGUUAUGCAACCUCAUUUGUUGGUUCAGGCGAUCUCCUUCACUAGAUUACAUGAGGAAAAGAUGUUGGAUGGGCGACGAUUUGCUGCUAGGGGAUCCACGAAUCCGUCGUAUGGCUCUCCUUCCCAAGCCUCACCGCCGGUGGUCUCCAAACUAGUUGAGUCCCUCUUAUUUCCUUCACCAGGACAUAAGUGCACCCCGUCCUUGUUUCUGUUUGUCACAGAAGAGGAUGAAUGCCUACAGGAUUCUGAGCCUAUCCCGGCGUCACCAAUGUCUCCUACAUCUACGCAGGAAACAUCUCCUGCUCAGAUAAGUCUUCAUGCACUUUCAGGUCAAGGAGCCCCUGAAACCUUGCGAGUCACGGGCGUCAUCGGAAACCACCGUCCACAAACAACUUCAACCCUUCGAGUUACAGUAGGGAAUGGCGAGGAGCUACAAUUUAACCAGGUUUGCCAGGAGGUUUUGGUACACAUUCAGGCACACACUUUCUUGGUUGAUUUCCAUGUUCUUCCAAUUUGCGGGGUUGAUGUAGUGCUAGGAGUGCAGUGGCUCAAGUCAUUGGGACCUGUCUUCACUGACUAUGCAACUCUCACUAUGAAAUUCAUUUCUAAUGAUAAGUUGAUUGAACUCAAGGGGGAUCGUGAUGCAAAUAUUGAUCAAAUUUCUCCGUCACAGCUCCGACGCCUUGUAAACACAGGUAACACUAGUACCUACUUCCAUAUUCAGCUUGACCCACACACACCCGAACCCUUACCUGUGACACACCCGAUACCAGCAAUCCAAACCUUACUCACCAAAUAUUCCUCCCUCUUCCAGCCAUUAUCGAACCUUCCUCCAUCACGAGCCACGGAUCACGCCAUCACCCUUCUUCCUAACUCAACACCAGUAAACGUAAGACCCUACCGUUACCCAUACUUUCAAAAACAAGAGAUUGAAAGACAAGUGGCCUCGAUGCUUCGCAGUGGUCACAUACAACACAACUCUAGUCCCUUCUCGUCAUCAGUUUUAUUAAUAAAGAAACGCAAUGGGACGUGGAGGUUUUGCAUGGACUAUAGGGCAUUGAAUGCUAUCAUGGUGCGUGAUCGAUUUCCUAUCCCUACGGUGGAUGAGUUAUUAGAUGAACUUGGAGGCGCAACCUGGUUUUCCAAGCUCGAUCUAAUGCAAGGAUAUCAUCAGAUCUUGAUGAAAGAAUCCUAUACAAGCAAAACAGCCUUCCGCGCUCACCAUGGCCACUAUGAGUUUCGAGUAAUGCCUUUUGGACUUUGUAACGCACCUUCUUCAUUUCAGGCAACGAUGAACUGCUUGUUCCAGCUGCAUCUACACAGAUAUAUCAUCGUCUUCUUCGAUGAUAUCUUGAUUUACAAUCGCUCCUUCAAGGAUCACUUGGAACACUUGGAAAUUGCAUUCCAAGUCUUAAGAGAAGGCGAGUUUACACUUAAAUUUUCUAAAUGUUCCUUUGCUCAGAAACAGAUUGAAUACCUGGGUCAUGUGGUCUCCGACGAAUGGGUUCAGCCCUUAUCGGACAAGGUGCAAGCCAUUCAACAAUGGCCUCAGCCACGCACGGCACGAGCCCUCUGUGGGUUCCUUGGCCUCGCUGGCUUUUAUCAAAGAUUUAUAAGGAGCUACGCUACUUUGGCAGCACCACUCUCACGCCUGUUAACCAAAGAAGAGUUCAACUGGACUCUUGAAGUUGACGUUGCCUUCAAAAACUUGAAGCAUGCUAUGACACAUUCUCCAGUCUUAGCACUUCCUGACUUCACUAAAUCCUUCAUGGUAGAGACAAACGCCUCGGGUUCGGAUCUCUAUAAGGAGUUGCAGUCGCAUAACGACUUCAUCACUUUAAGGGAGAAGGUUCAUGCGAACCCAGCAGACUACCCUGAUCAUGUGUUAACGCCCAACUUCGUUUUGCAUUGA